AUGAAAAUGAAAGGCAAUACAAAACGUAAAAAAUCCAACAAAUCUUCUAGUAAACCAACUACUUCUUCGACUCAGACAUCAUCAUCAUCAAACCUUUUACGACUUCCAUUAGAAAUAUUUCUUGAAAUCUGUAAAUCUCUUACACCGGUUGACUUAUUAUCUCUUUCGUUAGUAUGUAAAACUUUUUACAAUGAUUUAUGUUGUGGAGAAUCUAAAACUAUUCAAGAAAUAUGGCGUCAAUCAAGAUUAACUUUUAUGCCGUUUCGUGAAAUGGGACCACCUGAGGGAAUGAAUGAACGAGAGUAUAUUAGGUUUUUAAUCGAGAAUAAAUGUUAUUUUUGUGGUUCUAAAACUCGCGUUACAAGAAUAUAUUGGGAAAGAAGAGUAAGAUCAUGUAUUAAAUGUUUUAAAGAAAAUACGGUCCUUGAAGGUAUAGACAAUAGAAUCAAAUUGAUUCUUCAAAGACCAUUUCUCCAAAAUGGAAGUUUAAGUAAUCGUUUCUGGCGUGAUCAAGUAGAAUCAAAAUAUGCUGAGCUUUGUAACGUUAUUGUUAAGGAUCAAAAUGAAUGGAUUUAUGAUCAAUAUCAACUUUAUAAUAUCCUUCAACGUGAAAUUGCUGAACGACGACGCGAAGAUGUUUUAAGCAGAGAAAAUCAAAGAUCUCAAAGGAUUCAAGGUAUUAGCGAGAAGUUGGAUUUAAUGUGUGAAGAAAUUGACGAGAAUGGAUUGGUGAAAUAUCAAAGAUAUCUUCUAGAGAGAUGUCCAAGCUUGUGUAAAUGUUAUACUUAUGAACGUCCAUUUAGUGAACGAGGGUAA